AUUUUGCAUUGAAAGCACAAAGCAUCCUGGGACUUUUUAUCAAUAUGGCGUCGAGAGCGUGGGGAAUAUCAAACCAGACAAAAACUGUAGAAGAAAAAAAACAAGAGUUAUUACAAAGAUUACAGCAAAAAAAGAAAGAAAAAGACCAACAAUCGCCACAGCCAGAACCAGCAAAAUCAAACGAACAUGCUGCGUCGAAUUCGAGCAUGUUCACUAACGACGGUAGCUUUCUUGCAAGAUUCAAAGCUAUGCAACAAAACACGAACAAAAAUACGACACCCUCAUCUCAGACAAGCAGUAACAAUAGACCUGCACUCAGUAUAAAAAUGUCAACUUUGAGAAAGCCUACGACCCCAAAACCAACUACAUCUAAUCUUGGAGAUGUGUUUGAGAAAGAAGACAACAUUGAUGUUCCCCCUUCAGAAGUACAGACUCCUCGUCCACCUCCUCAUGUGCUCAUGGGCUCCAGCACGCCUGGACUACCAUCUACCAGUAGAGAUGGACCAAGUAACAGUGCAAACCCCUCUGGCUCUGUUGAGAGAAAAAGAAAACGAAAAAGCCGCUGGGGAGAAACAACUGAACGUGGAUCUUCUGCUGCUAAAUCACCAGCACCUCUCAAAGUUCUGGACCCUGCAGCAAUAGAGGCAGCAAGAAUUGCGGCAUCUUUGGCACUAGAGCACAGUAUCGGUAUGAGUCAGGAGGAGAUUAACGAGAGAGAAAGGCAGAGAAAAGAACAAGAAGAGAUUCAAUCAGUCUAUUUCCGCAUCCUGGCUAAGAGGGCUGCAGCUAAAGCGGCAGCUAGUGCCAAAGCUAACAAGCCCAAGUAUGAGUAUGAUUCUGAUGAGGAGAUCGAUGAAGAAGGAACAUGGGAGCACAAGAGGAGGAAGAUGGAAAUGUGGAAAACAGCUGAGGAAGCGAAAAAACUCACAGAGCAGGCACAGGGCAAGCACCACAUAGGUGACUUUCUUCCCCCUGAUGAACUGAAGAAAUUUAUUGCCAAAGUAAAGCAAGUCAAGGGAGAGAAGGGUCUGGAGGACAUCGACUUGUCAGACUAUGCGGAGUUCAAGCUGACAGAGGACAACAUUGGUUACCAGAUGCUAAAAAAGGCUGGAUGGGAAGAGGGGAAAGGUCUUGGUUCAAAAGGUCAAGGAAUUACAGCACCUAUUGACAAGGGCCGUACUCCAGGGGAAAUAGGUGGUCUGGGAGAGGCUCCUGUGGGAGAGAUAGAAGAACAAGAUGAUGAGUUUGAGAUGUACCGCAAGAGAAUGAUGCUAGCAUACAAGUUCAGGCCAAACCCACUAAAUAACCCUCGUAGACCUUACUACUGAUAGUCCAAAAUGCAAUGAAGAGAGGCAUGACAACAAAGAUACCAUGGCAACCAAGAGAUCAUGGCAACCAAUAGACUGUUGCAAUGAGGAGACUGUGACAAAGAAGAGACCGUAACAAUGAAGGGACCAUGACAAUAUAGAGAACAUGACAAUAAAGAGACUUUGACAAUUAAGAGACUUUGACAAUAAAAACACAGUGACAAUUAAGAGACUUUGACAAUUAAGAGACCGUGACAAUUAAGAGACUUUGACAAUUAAGAGACAGUGACAAUUAAGAGACUUUGACAAUUAAGAGACCGUGACAAUUAAGAGACUUUGACAAUAAAAACACAGUGACAAUUAAGAGACCAUUGCAAUGAAGAGACCAUUGCAAUGAAGAGACCAUGACAAUAUAGAGACUGUGACAAUUCAGACACUGUGAUGAUAUAGAUACCAUGACAAUAAAAGACUGUGACAGUGAAGAGACUAUCGCAGAAGAAACAACUAAGCUGCCAUUUUUUUCCUUGUACAACAUUAAAUUUUUAGUAUGAGGGUCUUGUGUACACCUGCCCUGGGUGUAAUACCUGUAUUUUUUGGUUUGAGAACCUUAGACACCAAGGAAAGGCUGCUGAGUUGAAAAUGAAAAAUAAAUGUAAAUAGAAAUUGUG